GUCAGUUUCUGUUUAGCUAUGCUUGACUUCUGUUUAUAUUAAAGAAACUGGAGGCUUAAAUUAAACAUUUUUGUUUAAUCUGCAGUUCAAAUCUGACAUGGAAAUACGUAAAUGUUUUCUCAGGGUACUGAUUGGUACAUUAACAUGCCUUUUCCUGUUGAUCAUGUACAAUUCUGUAAACAUAAUCGAGAUGACAGAUAGGAGCAGGUGUAACAUAACAAGUCACGAAGAGUCUCUCACACAGUGUCACUUAAACACUACGAGGAGUAAACUUCAAACAGUUACUAGGGAUAGUUAUACCGAAUUAACAAGGAAAUAUUCUACCAGAAGCAGGACUUUUCGAAUUCUGUGGUAUAAUCCUCCAUCUUUAUUGAGAGAUCACCAAAAGGAAAUAUUACACACUGGAUUUGAAAAUUGCAAGUAUAGCAAUUGCAACAUGAGUUUUGACAGAAACGAUGCAGUUGCUAGUCAGGCAAUUAUAUUUGACGGCCGGCAUAUGCCGAAAAAUAUUAGUUUUACACGUCCAAAUGGUCAAAUCUGGAUUUUUAUGGCCCAGGAAUCUCCACUUAUAUAUGGUGUUUUUGGUAAUUGGUGGUAUAAAAAUAAACAAUACAUAUUUAAUUGGACAAUGACAUACGACAAAGAUAACACAGACAUAUUUCUACCUUAUGGAGAAAUAUUGAAACAUCAAACGGAAGUGAAAAGGGAUUUUAAGUCUAUAGCUUUGAAUAAAACUAAGACACUUUUGAUGAUAGCGUCACACUGCCAGACGCAUUCAAAAAGACAGGAAUAUGUAAAAGAAUUGCAGAAAUAUGUUGAUGUGGAGGUUUUAGGGCGCUGUGGUAAAAGGUGGAAGUGUGGGGUUCACUUCAGACAUAACGAAAACUGCUUUCAACUUUUAAAUACAAGUUACAAGUUUUACUUAGCUUUUAAGAACGCCUUGUGUCAUCAAUAUUUUACAGAAAAGUUUUAUGAUAAUUUUAAUUACGAUCUGAUUAUGCUGACACGUGGUGGAAGCACUGGAGACGCGAGAAGGCUGUUUCCGGAAGGAACUUACAUAUCAACAGACGAUUUCAAAUCAAUCAAAGAACUUGGAGCCUUCUUAAAAAAUCUUAGUGUUGAUAGAUAUGCUGAUCUUCUUAGACGGAAAAGCCAAUUCUAUUCACCUGGGUACAUGAAAGUUUAUGAAAGAGCAAUGUGCGAUAUAUGUGAGAGAAUGAAUUUCGUGGACAAAUAUACAAAAACAAUUAAGAAUAUAAAAGAAUGGGCCUUUGUAACUCAACCUUGUCUUAAGUCAAAUGAGGUUGCAGAUAUUCAAUGAAUAUACACAUACAAAAAUAUUUUCUUAAAAUCGCUUUAUUCCUAAAUGGCAAUAAUUUCAUUCUUGCAAAUUUGAUGCAUAUAUUUUUAUAUUCAGUAAUGUUAUUCAUUACGUCUGAUCCCAUAUGAUGGUUUGUGAAACCUGAAGCGUGACCAUUGUCGCCUAUGCACGUGAGCUUGUUUUUUAAUUCAUUUGCAAAACAUCAAAUGUUGUUAUAUGCUCAAAUCGAGUAAAACCCUUUGGUCCCGUGUUCAAAAAACAUUUUUAGUCUCAACUGAGUUUGAAAAUGAAACUUUAUUUGUCAUUUAUAUCUAAAUUUUCAUAGGCGUAGGAGCAG